AUGAGAAUUGCUUUGCCUCUUUAUACUCUCUUUCUUUUUCUUCUUUCGAUCUCCUUCGACCACGGCGGACAUCGAAACCUAGUUUCCGCCGACGAAGCCCUGAUCCAAUCCGAAUGCCACAACGCGGAUGUCCCCACAACUUGCAUCCGGUGCGUAAAAUCCAACCCCCGGAGCGAGUCGGCCAAUAAAAUAGGCAUCGCGGCCAUCAUCCUAUCUUGUCUAAGCCAUAGUGCCGGGGUCCAAUCGGCCAACAUGACGGACUUAGCUAUGUACACGUUCGAAAAGGACGCGAAACAGAUGUUACUGAACUGUGCGACUGGAUUUUUCGAAGCGCAGGUGGAUCUGGUCAACGCGACGGAUCAGCUGAUGAAUGAAGAUUACAACGGAACGAACAGUCUCGUAAAACAGGCGCUUGUACGAGAGGUGAAGUGCAGGAGAAUUUUGGAGGAUCGCCAGCUUACUUAUGCUGCCAUGGUUUAUGAUAUGAGGGUUUAUGAAGAACUUUCCAAUGCAGUAAUGAGGAUAGUUGAUAGGUUUUAG